CGCAUUGAGUGAUCAUAUCUCAGUGCAUCUACAAUCUUCUAAUCACUAAGAUGUUUGCUUUGAAUUUUCUGAUUUCUCUGGUGGUUUUUACCAUUUUACUUGCCUCAAUCCAAGCCGCCUCAGUUAACCAAGAAUGUGGAAAAUUCAACGAGGAGCAAUUUAAGAGUACCAAUAUAAUUGCGGAGCCCAACGAGCAUCCGUGGGUUGGCCGAAUCGAAAAGAAGGAUAGCGAUGGAAAGAACCGCUUGCAGUGCGUUGCCAUCCUUAUAGAUGCCCGACAUGUGGUAACAGCCGCUCAUUGCGUUUCCAAUGAACAUGGGCAGCCCAUUCUCGAAGUCAUUUUCGGUGACUCGGACUCCAGCAACCGCUAUCUCUUCAGUUCGGUCACCAUCCAUCCGAAUUACACAGCCAGCGAAUUCAAAAACGACUUGGCCUUAAUAGAACUCACCAAAGACGUUAAGUUCUCUGACUUUGUUCAACCCAUUUGCUUGCCAUCAGCUGAGGUUCCAAGGGCUGAACUAUCCAAUUCCAAUCUUAGAGUUGCGGGACUUGAGGGACCCUCAAUUGGAAAAAGAGGGUCUGACACGACGAGGUUGGAUAAGCGCAUUAAACAGGCCUUCAAUACAACUGACAGCAAGGAGUGCCACAAGCUGCAGGAUCAUUUUCCUGAGGACCUGAUCUGCGGCCAGGCCGAGAAAGCUCCUCUUUCGGGAUCUGCUUUGACAGAGGUUUCCGGAAACCCCAAGAAGUUCCACCUUAUUGGGAUUGCUGUCGCUGGCUUCUACUCACGCAAAAAUGAUUUCCAGGGGUACUUAGACAUUCGAUCCUACCUAGAUUGGAUCCGAAGUGAGUCAUAAGCUUUAGAAAUAUCACGGGUUUUAUUUUUGUGUGACAGGCUGUGAAAUUUUACAAGCUUAUUCAUAAAAAAUGUACAUUUUCUUAUUGAUUCUGAUAAAUCUCCCAUUUCCAAAUAUCCCCGACUUUUUCGCUGAGCUUCGAACUUAAUUAAUAAAAAUUCAUAAAAAGGUGAUCACUUGAACAAAAAUACCGCAUAAACUAUAAUAAAUUCCGCGCUUUAUUUCCGUAUAUACUGUAUUAUGAUUAAUAUCAGGUCGUAACUAAGCUUAUAAUAGAUCCCAACUAGAUCGAUCACGAACGAAUAAACUAUCCAGAUAUGUUUAAAUGCUCAA